AUGGUGGUACCAAGACAAAGGGAAGAAGGAGGUGACCAUCAGGAGAGGCUGGAGAAGACCUCCUUGGGAAUCCAAAGUGCAGUGGGUUCAGAGAGUAAGAGCUGGGGCCUGGAGUCGCUGGAGGCGUGCUUGGAGCAGCACAUCCCGCCGGAGGAUCUCGCUGAGGUGAAGCGGAUCCUCUACGGGGGAGAGGCAAGAAAACUUAAUUUGCCAGCUGCUGCUCUGUCAGCAGCUCAGGAAAGAGAAUUUGAGCUACAGGGCUAUGGAUUUGAAGCUGCUCCAGAGCAAUUGAGAAGGCCACGUAUUGUUCGAGUAGGACUGGUACAAAAUAAAAUUCCACUUCCCACGGACACAGCCGUGGCAGUUCAGGUGGCUGCACUGCACAGACGAAUUGAGGAGAUUGUGGAAGUAGCUGCAAUAUGUGGGGUCAACAUAGUUUGUUUCCAGGAGGCUUGGACCAUGCCCUUUGCUUUUUGUACAAGAGAGAAGCUUCCUUGGACUGAAUUUGCUGAGUCAGCAGAGGAUGGGCCAACAACAAAAUUUUGUCAAGAGCUGGCAAAGAAAUACAAUAUGGUUGUGGUAUCUCCAAUCCUGGAGCGAGAUGAAAUACAUGGGGGAACUCUGUGGAAUGCUGCAGUGGUCAUUUCUAAUUCUGGAGCAGUCCUUGGCAAAAGUAGGAAAAAUCACAUUCCAAGGGUGGGAGAUUUCAAUGAGUCUACUUACUAUAUGGAAGGAAAUACAGGACACCCAGUGUUUCAGACACAGUUUGGAACAAUUGCGGUGAAUAUCUGCUAUGGGCGCCAUCACCCUUUGAACUGGCUAAUGUUUAGUAUGAAUGGAGCAGAGAUCAUCUUCAACCCUUCAGCCACUAUUGGAACACUCAGCGAGUCGCUGUGGCCAAUUGAAGCAAGAAAUGCUGCCAUAGCUAAUCACUGCUUUACAUGUCCCAUCAACAGGGUAGGAACGGAGUACUACAAAAAUGCCUUUACUUCCGGAGAUGGUGGAAAAGCACACCAUGACUUGGGCCAUUUUUAUGGCUCAAGUUACGUAGCUGCACCAGAUGGCAGUAGGACCCCAGGACUCUCUCGCACUCAGGAUGGACUUUUGGUGGUAGAGAUGGAUCUAAAUCUUUGCAGGCAAGUCAGUGACAAAUGGAAUUUUAAGAUGACUGGUAGAUAUGAAAUGUAUGCAGAGAAGCUCACUGAAGCAGUCCAGCCUUAUUUUAUACCCAAUAUAAUCAAAGAGUAAGAGAGAGCAUCUCAUUACAAUCAAACGUUACGUAACAAAUUAAAAGGUACUGUUAGAUGAUUGCUUUACUGUGGAUCACAAGUUGUUAUUUUAAUGUUGUCGUUUUGAUUUCCUGGAGCCAACUUUUAAAUAAUAGGAUUCAAAACUGUGUUAAGUAAAGUAAUU